UAGGGAAUAGAAUAAUAAAUGUAGCAGAAACUAAAUUAGGACUUUCAAGUGGAAUACCAUUACUGGAUUCUAUUCAUCGUUACGAAUAAGUUCAUAGUAACAGCAUCCUGGUGAAGCUCCAAACAAAGAAAGGAUGAAGAAACUAAGUGGGAAAUCGCACACUUAUGCCUCGAGUCAAGAGGAUAGUGAAAAUGAUAGCGAUGAGACUGAGUGUAGUAUCGGUAGUAAUUCUACAGCAGGUACUCAUCGAAGUGAUACCCCAACAAGAACGGCACGUUACAAAAGAAAAGGUCGUCGUCGCAGUAAGACAGCCAAGAACAAACCUUGCAACGAUAAACCAUUGUACAAGUACUGCUGCAGUGUCAAAGAAGAUCAUGGGCAGCCAUUAUUUGGUGUACAGUUCAAUCAUCAUUUAAAAGAAGGAGAACCUAUGAUAUUUGCUUCCGUAGGAAGCAACAGAGUGAGCAUUUAUGAAUGCCCAGAGGAAGGUAAUAUUAGAUUGCGUCAAUGUUAUGCAGAUCCAGAUACAGAGGAAAAUUUUUAUACUUGUGUAUGGACUUAUGAUGAGUUUGGUAAACCCUUAUUGGCAGUGGCAGGCUCUCGUGGUGUUGUCAGGGUGAUCAGCCCUGUAACCAUGACAUGUAUAAAACAUUAUAUUGGUCAUGGUCAUGCGAUUAAUGAGCUAAAAAUUCAUCCCAGAGAUCCUAAUAUUUUGCUCUCUGCAUCCAAGGAUCAUGCUCUUCGUCUGUGGAAUAUUAAAUCGGAUGUAUGUAUUGCAAUAUUUGGUGGUGUCGAGGGCCACAGGGAUGAAGUGUUAAGUGCAGAUUUUGAUAUGAAAGGACAGAGAAUAAUUUCUUGUGGUAUGGACCAUGCUUUGAAGCUGUGGUCUCUUGAUAAACCUGACAUGCAGGAAGCCAUCAAACAGUCAUAUUAUUGCAAUCCAACCCGUAAUGGACGACCAUUCGAUUCCAUACUUCAGCAUUUUCCAGAUUUUACAACUCGUGACGUGCAUCGUAACUAUGUGGACUGUGUAAAAUGGUACGGUAAUUUUAUUUUAAGUAAGUCUUGUGAAAAUUGUAUAGUGUGUUGGAAACCUGGAAGACUCGAGGAUGUUCAGUUGCGCAGUGGUGAAAUCAGUGCCACUGUGCUUCACCGUUUUGAAUUUAAAGAAUGUGACAUCUGGUUCAUUCGAUUUUCGAUGGAUUUUUGGCAAAGAACCAUUGCACUAGGAAAUCAAGUAGGUCGAACGUAUGUAUGGGACUUGGAGGUUGACGAACCUGGUCAGGCGCGUUGCUGUUCCCUUCAGCAUCCUCGGUGUACUGCACCUAUUCGUCAAACCAGUUUAAGUCGGGACGGUUCUGUAUUACUUUGUGUAUGUGACGAUGCUACGGUCUGGCGAUGGAAUCGAGAACUAUAGUUUUAAAAUUUUAACUUUAAGAUGGUCAGAAUUGUAAUACCACUGUUAUUUAAAAUAAUCGUGAAUACAAGGGGUAACAGCCAUUUAAUAACUUUGCUUACUUUUAUAAAUAAAUCAACAUUUAGUUAG